CUUCGGCUUUCGGGUGCGAUCUUUCGUGGACGCUAUCCGCGUAAUUGGUGGUAAACGCGGGCAAAAGUUUUUCGGGGAAAAUAUCGAGACGCGCCAAUCGCGAAAAUCUCAUUCUGUGUGCCGGCGCCGACGCCGACGCGCUUCGAACGAACGACCAAACGACUCACGCCGACCGAGCAAUCGCGAUAUGCUCGAAUCCCGAAAUGGGUAAUGUGCAGUGCUGCGCCAGUGAUCGUCUUCUCGAAGGCAAAACAAAGAAGCCGAAAACCAAAAAGAAGAACAAGAAAAAAGAAAAGAGUACCUCCAAGGUUAAUGGGAACGCUGGAGGUGGAAAAACUGAAGACCCGAAAAGUCUCGAGCCCGGAAAAGCCAGUGCCCAAAAAACUGUUGAACAAUUCGAAAACAACAUUAAUAAAGAGAAGGUCAAAACAGAAGAUUCAAAAAUGACACAGCCGUCACCAGUAGAAGUGUCAAACGACGAGUCUCCUCGAAGCGAGAGCACGGCAUCCGCGAGGGAAAGAUUUUUCGGACAGGUGCGUUCAGAGGAAUCCCUCGUUACACCAGAAAAAACCACAAAGAAUGCACGAUGGAUACCAGAAUUUGGAUUGGAUGGCAACAACACUUUGAAACACAACGGCAGUGCCAAGGAUCUCGCCUCGGUCAUGGAGAACCUCAAAAAGACCAGCCUGGUCUCCAGACAGAAUCAGACGCUCAAUAGCCAAGUCUCGAGCUCAUCCAAACAGCAAAUGGUGUCUAGUUCUACAUCGAGCAGCGCGGCCUCGAGCCAGCGCGUUCAAAGUUCAUCUCAAAGGGCCAGCUCCAUCAAAUCAGACUUAUCAGAACUAAAGAGCUCCAUAUCAGAAAUGAAGACCCUCAGCAACACGGCAGCUUUAAAUUUUGGACAAAGAUUGAGAAGUUCAAUGGAGAAUAUUGUCGACCAGGACGAUAUAAAAGAGAGACACAUCCCAGACAUCCGGGAGAUGGGGGAUAUCGGAGACAUGGGUGACAUGACAGACCUCGCGGGGGACGGUCCUUUAGUGACCUUUCCCGAGUCGGACACCCCGCCUCCCGAUAAGCCAUGUUUGUUGGCUCCUGCAUCUGCUACGAUAGCGUCUUUAGGAUCGAGUGCCGCGAACGAAUUGAAGUACAGCGCGGCUCGGUCCACCUCGGCGUCUUCGACGAGAGUAAUUACCGAUGGAUUUAGUGCAUCAAAAUCGGCGGCCAACAGCUCGCGGAUGAGGCGGCUGCAGCAUGGGGACAUGCAGUAUGCAGAACACAGUGCGACUGGCGCCUCACACAGACUGCUGCAGGCCGAAGGGUUAACGGCAGAGCAAAAUGCCGCUUAUCUCCAGGAAAAGCGAUCUUUGCAAGCCGGAGAAGUGACGGCUCAAGAGGCGAACAACAUGUCCGCGACGAGUUCUAGGUUACACACGGAAGCCUUCAGUGCGGAGAAGAAGGCCACGGCUUCGUCACAAGCGAGGCAGACCGUCACUUCCAGCGGCAUGUUUAGCCAUAAGGAGAGCUCUUCGCAUUCGAACAUGACAAUCUCAAGUAAAAACCUCACAACGAAGUCGAUGCUACUAUCCUCACAGAUGAGUCAACUGUUGAACGGGACGAUAAAACCUGGCGACGAAGAUCUCAGCGACAUGACGUUCGAGGACCUAGACAAACUGAACGCGAACUCGAACGAGAAAGACGUCAACUCCGCCAUACAGAAGUAUUCGCAUCGGAUGAACGCCUUCAUCGCGGCCAUCAAGAACAACCAGAUGGACAUGAAGAGCGCCGGAGUACAUUUCAGCAAAUUGAACGAAAUGCUCCGGAGAGCGUGGGCCGUCCCCACCUACGGACACGAAUUAGGCUACACCCUGUGCAACGCGCUCCGGACGUCCGGCGGCCUCGACAUCCUCAUGGAGAACUGUAUCGAGUCCGACAACCCCGAGCUGCAGUUUUCUUCCGCGAAACUUCUCGAGCAGUGCCUGACCACGGAGAACAGGGCGCACGUCGUCGAAAACGGGCUCGAGAAGGUCGUCAACGUCGCCUGCGCGUGCACCAAGCAGGCCAACGCAGACCACUCCCGCAUAGGCACCGGCAUUCUGGAGCACCUAUUCAAGCACAGCGAGGGCACCUGCGGCGACGUCAUCAAACUGGGAGGCCUCGACGCCGUACUCUUCGAGUGCCGGAAGAACGACAUCGAGACCCUGCGGCAUUGCGCCACGGCCCUGGCCAACCUAUCCCUGUACGGCGGGGCCGACAACCAGGAGGCCAUGAUCAAGAGAAAGGUCCCGAUGUGGCUGUUCCCUCUGGCGUUUCACCACGACGACAACAUCAAGUACUACGCGUGCCUGGCGAUCGCCGUGCUGGUCGCCAACAAGGAGAUCGAAGCAGCCGUCCUGAAGUCUGGGACCUUGGACCUGGUGGAACCUUUCGUGACCUCGCACAAUCCGUCCGAAUUCGCUCGCUCGAACCUCGCGCACGCCCACGGCCAGAGCAAGAACUGGCUGCAGAGACUCGUCCCGGUGCUCAGCUCCAAGAGGGAGGAGGCCCGGAACCUGGCCGCUUUCCACUUCUGCAUGGAGGCCGGCAUUAAGAAGCAGCAGGGCAACACCGAGAUCUUCAAAGAAAUCGGCGCGAUCGAAUCUCUCAAGAAAGUCGCGAGCUGCCCCAACGCCGUGGCCUCGAAGUACGCCGCCCAAGCUCUGAGGCUGAUAGGCGAAGAGGUGCCGCACAAGCUGUCGCAACAGGUGCCCCUGUGGUCCAUCGAGGACGUCCGCGAAUGGGUCAAACAGAUCGGCUUCUCGGAGUACGCGACCAACUUCUACGAAAGCCGGGUGGACGGAGACCUUCUGCUGCAGAUCACAGAGGAGAACCUCAAAGAGGACAUCGGCUUACACAACGGAAUCAAGAGGAAGAGAUUCACGAGAGAACUGCAGCAGUUGAAGAAGAUGGCGGACUAUAGCUCGCGGGACACGGGCAACCUCAACGACUUCCUCCAGGGUAUCGGCCUGGAGUACACCAUCUACACGUACUCCAUGCUCAACGCUGGAGUAGACAAGGAGUCCAUCCGGGGCCUCAGCGAUGAGCAGCUGGAGAAGGAGUGCCACAUCCUCAACAGCAUCCACCGUUUAAGGAUACUGAAUGCUAUACGGGCAUACGAAAGCAGACUUCCUAUCAAAGGCGAAGAGAACUUAGAAAAAAACCUAGACGUGUUCGUCAGCUAUAGAAGAUCCAACGGCUCCCAGCUGGCCAGUCUUCUGAAGGUCCACCUCCAAGUCCGUGGAUUCACGGUUUUCAUCGACGUGGAGAGACUGGAGGCGGGCAAAUUCGAUAAUAAUUUAUUGCAAAGCAUAAAACAGGCGAAGCAUUUCCUCUUGGUGCUGACGCCCAACGCCCUGGACAGGUGCAAGCAUGACAACGAACAGAAGGACUGGGUCCAUCGGGAAAUCGUGGCGGCCUUGCAGUCGCAGUGCAACAUCGUCCCAAUAAUCGACAACUUCGAAUGGCCCGAGCCGGAGGAGUUGCCCGAGGACAUGCGGGCCGUGUGUCACUUCAACGGAGUAAGGUGGAUCCACGACUAUCAGGACGCGUGUGUCGAGAAGCUGGAAAGCUUCCUCCGGGGCAAGUCGAACCUGGCCAACCGACUGGAGAGCCUCCGACCGGCGGCCGUGUCCUCCCUCCCGCGAGGGCCCUCGUACCAGCGCAUGCACUCCACCGAGAGCCGCUCCAGCGACAAGGCCGAUUGACCUGAGCCGACGUCCGCCGCCGCGCCCGUCAGACCCAAUCGGAGUCGACGGUCAUCAGUGAGAAAAUCUGAAGAUUCAGCACCGAGUCCCACGAGCGCGGGGAGGCUGUCGGACGUCCCGACCCUUCUCGCGCGCAAAAGUCGCAGCCGCGAGGGUCUUCCGGACGACACCACCCAAACGAAGAGGAAGAAGAACUUCAUGGACCGCUGUGUUAAUAAAGUGAGACUUUGCUGACGCGCGGCAAAUCGGACCGUGAAGGACGAACGUGCACUCGUGAAUAUUGGGAAUAUUACGCGUGCAUCUUUAACUCUGUAAUCUCAAUGAGUAUGGAGACCGAUAACCGAAAUCUGGUCGACGACUCGCUUCGCCUCCGAAGCGCUAAAGGCUACACCAGCGUUCGCAUCACAGUGGUCUGCUAUUCGUUGUAGUAUGGCAGACUGCUUCUCGGCCUUUUGGGCCUCUCACUCUUUACCUUUAGAAUUUAUACUAUCGACGACCGUCCCGCGCGACGGGCCGUACGAAAAAUGUCGAUUGACGAGACCUAGUCUUCGCCCUCGAAAACUAUUUAUGGAUUCAACCUUCACUUCUUGCCACUAAAGUAUUUAUUAUUUGUAGACUCGCUUCCGUAAUGUAUGUUUUUGUUUUACCUGAAAACGUACGAAACUCGAAAUAUUUUAGCCGUUAAUGAUUACACUGAUGUUGCGAAUUCUUGACAUUGUACAUAAUGAUAUUUUAGAUUUUAUUGUCUAUCACGCGAGUUAACCGUGAAUGUUAUAUUUUCACAAAUGUAUAUUAGUUUAUUGUUUAGCCGUAAAAUAAAUAAGUAUUAUAUGAAA